GCAGUUACGUAAUGUAGUUUCAAAGGUUGUGUACGUUUGUCGGUUCUCUCCGGUUCUCCGCGUCCGAGAACACGAUGUGACAGAAACAUUUGGACAGUUUGCUGGUUUACAAUCUUCAGCCCGAGAGAAAGAAGAAAACUGAAAAGUCCAUCGUCAUGACUUCUUGACGCCCGUCUCUUCAUUCAUUAUGAGCGGCGCUUCGCUGGCCGUCGUGGUCGUCGUGGUCUUCUUCUUGGCUCUCUACCUCCUCCAGCGUUAUGGAGAUCUGCGGAAGCAGCAGCGGAUGGUCCUGUUGGGGACGCUGCUGUCCUGGUACCUCUGCUUCCUCAUCGUCUUCAUUCUGCCACUCGACGUCAGCACGACCAUCUACAAGCAGUGUCUGAUUGACAACGCACACCAACCCCUCACUCCUGUGACCCGAGCAAGACGCUCCAAUCAGACGGAUGAAAGCUUCUCUGUUUAUUCAACGCUCAGGACACCACAGGCCUGUGAGGAGCCAUGGAGCUACAUCCCAGACGGCAUCCUACCGGUGUUCUGGAGAGUUGUAUACUGGACCUCUCAGUUCCUCACUUGGCUGCUGUUGCCCUUCAUGCAGUCAUACGCACGGUCAGGAGCUUUUUCAAGAGUUGGAAAAAUGAAAACAGCUCUCUUUGAAAAUGCUCUCUAUUAUGGCACCUACCUCCUUAUCUUCAUCUCCCUGCUCAUAUACCUGGCCACUCACCCAAAGUGGCAUCUGACCUGGUCGCAGCUCCACACCAUCGGAAUUACUGCUGCCAACACCUGGGGUCUCUUCCUGCUGGUGCUGUUGCUAGGCUACGGCCUGGUCGAGAUCCCGCGUUCUUAUUGGCUCUCAUCCUCCCAUGGUUACCUGUUGGAUAAGGCCUACUUCAAGGCUGCAAAGAUGGCUACUGAGAAGGCCGAGGCAGAGGAGAACCUGGCAGAUGUUAUGGAGGAGGUGGCAGGUUGCCAUGAAUCUGUGAGGUACAACAACAGUCUCAGGAAGUGUGUGGACACCAUAUUGACAAAGUGUCCCAGUGAUUACCAAGAAGAGAUGAGAGGGAGAGAUGUGGAAAGCUCUAGUGGUGAACAGAAUGCCAUUCCCACCAAAAUCCGCCUCAUUAAGCUUCAUAAAAAGGUAAUCUCUGCAGUGCAGAGGUACAGGCAGGCUCAGGUCCAGUGGCCCAUCUUGUUGGAUCAGGCCUUCCAUCUCGAAGACGUGGCUAAAAGCCAGCUCAGCCCUGUCCGACACUUCACUCACAGCUUUCCCUCAGAACAACACCACGGCUGGAUCCACAGGUUCAUCUUCACUCCUGCAGUGGAGUGGUACUGGGAGUGUGUGUUCAGACAGGGUUUCUACAAACUGCUGGCAGUCGUCCUGUGUCUCCUCUCGGCAGCAGUAGUCUGGUCCGAGUGCACCUUCUUCAACACAAACCCCGUCCUUUCCCUCUUCGCUGUCUUUGUUCAGAUGGCUGAAAAGCAACACAACUACAUCUGUAUCGAGAUGGUGUGCUUUGUCAGCAUCCUCUUCCUGUGUUUCUGUGUCUUUUCCACAGUUUUCAGGAUCCGAGUGUUUCACUACUAUCACCUGGUGCCUCAUCACCAGACUGAUGCUUACAGCCUGCAGUUUAGUGGCAUGUUGUUCUGUCGUCUCACUCCUCCUUUGUGCCUCAACUUUCUGGGCCUGAUUCACAUGGACUCUGCCAUCUCACACCAAGACAGAAUACAGACAUCUUACACCUCUAUCAUGGGCUCCAUGCGUUUGCUAUCUUUCAUAUCGGAUGGGUUCUACAUUUAUUAUCCCAUGCUGAUACUGCUGCUCUGCUUCGCCACUUUUUACAGCUUGGGCUCUCGCUGUUUGAACCUCCUGGGCCUCCAUCAGUACAUUACUGACGAUGACUUCACGUCUGACCUGGUGGACGAAGGCAGGGAACUCAUUAAAAGAGAAAGAAGAAAAAGAAAUAAAGCUGAAGACGGAGAAAAUCGCAGAUGGGCCCGGAGGGAGCGGUUUGGAGUCAAUGGAACUUCUGGGCGGACCAGAGGGGGUUACACUGAGAUCAAGGAUAACCAGAGUAGCCCUGUCACACAGAACAAGAAAAAUGUCAUCACAUUCACAAGACAAGAUGUGGAGUCAGAGGAGCAGCAGAGACGCUUACUGCAAGACAAUUCCAGUGAUGAAGGUUCACCAAACAGAAGGUCAACAGGAGGACGUUACCUGUCUGUGUCACACUCUCAAACAAGACUUUUUGAUGAUGUUUGACAUGCAGAUGACAUGAGGGGAAAGCAAUGAAAAAGUACAUGCUGGAAAUGAAAAUAAAAGACUGAACAUUUAUUAUCCCACACCUCAGGAAAUAAAAGGGAACAUACUGUAUCUGAGACAUGGACAUGCAAACAGGAAACCAACUAAAAACUGAAAUUACUGAAAUAAAAACCCUUGGUGGAGGGUUUCAUACUGUAUCUCAGCUGAUUUCUGAAAAUGGAUUAUUUUCUGAGAAUGUAGAGGGAUUUUAAUGCUCCAAAAGCCUGAACCUCGUGUGUGAAGGGCCAACCCUUUUGAAGUAUAAUUAUAGUAUUAUGUUUUAAUACUUGUGUUUUGCAUUACCAUUGUACAACAAAUUGAACACUGAGUCAUAUUCAAAGGGAGGACAUCAUCAGCCAAACGUAGUUCUUGUAGUGAACGUUGUGUUUGGAAUGAGUUGUUUAUAUAAAAAAAGGACCUAUGGCUACUUAGGCCUACUUUCUAAAAAGGUUGCACAAGUUUUUUAAAUGCUUGUAUUUAUGAUACUGCAUUAAAAUGAAAGGAUUUUACCAUUUUUAAACAGAAA